AAAAAAAAAAAAAAAAAAAACCUACACGUUCGGAGGGAUUUCCUGUGGUGUUGCUGAGCUGCACAAAAAUUGCGAAGGCUUCAUCUAAGGGCGUCUCGGUGUGUUUGUUUUUUACUGAUUUAAUGUCUUAGUAAAGAGACGUUUACUGUGCGUGAUCUAGACUACAUCCAGAAGUAGCUAGUUAGCCAGUAAUAAUGACGUCUGAAGCCACUGUGGCCGAUACUCGCCGGUUAAACUCCAAACCGCAGGACCUGACGGACGCUUACGGACCUCCAAGUAAUUUUCUGGAAAUUGACGUCUACGAUCCUCAAACUAUCGGAGUUGGACGGAAUCGGUUCACCACUUACGAAGUCCGGAUGCGGACCAACCUCCCCAUUUUCAAGUUGAAAGAUUCUUGUGUACGAAGAAGGUACAGCGACUUUGAGUGGCUGAAAAAUGAGCUGGAACGAGACAGUAAGAUUGUUGUGCCUCCUCUGCCCGGGAAAGCACUGAAGAGACAGCUCCCUUUCCGGGGAGACGAGGGAAUAUUUGAGGAGUCGUUCAUCGAAGAGAGGAGAGUCGGACUUGAACAGUUCAUCAACAGAAUUGCUGGUCAUCCCUUGGCUCAGAAUGAGCGCUGUCUUCACAUGUUCCUGCAGGAGGAGAGCAUCGAUCGCAACUACGUCCCUGGAAAAGUACGGCAGUAGGGCUUUACAAAAGCGGGACUCGGGGCGGGUUCUUCUUUCUCCUGUUCUCAACUUCUAUUCCCUCUCAUCUGCAAAACAGUGCAGAGUAACGUUGGUUUUUGCACCAAGUAAAGUUAGAUGCAUCGUAAAACAAUGCAGGACUUGAUUCUAUUGGCCAGAUUAUGUUUUGUACAUGUCUGAGAGUUGCUCUUUACACACACAGUGUAUUUGUUUUACAUCUAUAAAAUGUACUUCUUAGAGUGUGUGUGUGUGAGAGAGAGAGAGAGAGAGAGAGAGAGAGAGAGAGAGACACAUGAUCAUACCUGAACGCUGUAGCACUAAAGAUGGUUGGCUCAUGUCUUUGUCCUCUCAGGCAGAUGUUCUGGUCAGUACUAGGAGAAUGGAGAGUGCGUUCCAGUAGAAUUUCAGAAGUGCUACUAUAGAGGACACUUAGAAAUUGAAAUCUGUUCCGUUUUGUAUAUGUGACACGUGGUACUCGCAUCUAAAAUAUUAGAAUUACAAGUAUUGCAGUUAUUGAUCAAACGCGUAAUUCUGCACUGAAAAGGUAAAAGUGUUGUGUAUGCGUCUUGGUCAGAGAGCAUUAUGGGAUUUUUUUUUUUUCUCCCAACAAAUGUACCCAUUGUGAUGUGGUAUCAGCUGUUAAAUUAUGUAAAGGUCACGCUAUUGUUACGAGUCAAACAUCGCUUCAUAGAGGACAAAUGUAUUUGCCAACUUUGUAAAAGUUGUCCCGCCAAAGUCGAGUCAUUUUCCUCAGAAUGACUAUAUUUAUGUUCUCUUCCUGUGUUAAUCAACCUGUGCCUGUGACGUUUGUCUGUAAAUAAAGUAUAACAAAAUAGUGA